AUGGGACCCCGAAACACAUCCUCUGUAGCUGAGUUCCAGCUCUUGGGCUUUCAGCGCCUCCUGGAGUGGCGAGCCCUACUCUUUGCAAUCUUCCUGGGCAUCUACUUCCUCACCAUCGCUGGGAACCUGGUCAUCAUCACAGUGGUGAGCAGGGAUCCCCGCCUGCACGUGCCCAUGUAUUCUUUCCUCGGGUCCUUGUCCCUGCUGGAGGUCCUGUACACCUCCACCAUCGUGCCCCGCCUGCUGGUCGACCUGGUCUCCCAGGGCCACGCCAUUUCCUUCUCUGCCUGCAUGGUGCAGCUCUACUUCUUCGUGUGCUUCGGGGCCACAGAGUGCUUCUUGCUGGCCGCCAUGGCCUGUGACCGCUACCUGGCCAUCUGCAGCCCGUUGCACUACUCCUCCCUCAUGCGUCCGGACAUCUGCACCAAGGUGCUGGCUCUCUGCUGGCUCGCAGGGCUGGGCACGGGCUUUCUGCCUUCCCUGAUGAUCUGCAGGCUGGACUUCUGUGGGCCCAACCACAUCGACCACUUCUUCUGCGACCUCCCCCCACUAAUGCAGCUCUCCUGCUCCAGCGUGCACACCACAGAGCUGCUCAUCUUCGUCCUCUCCAUCGCGGUGCUGUGUGUUUGCUUCCUCCUGACUGUCGUGUCCUACCUCUUCAUCGUUUCCUCUGUUCUGAGAAUCCCAUCCAGGGCGGGCCGCAGGAAGACCUUUUCUACCUGUGGCUCCCACCUGGCAGUUGUUACCAUCUACUAUGGGACCAUGAUCUCCAUGUAUGUGCGUCCCAAUGUGCACCUGUCACCAGAAGUCAAUAAGAUCAUCUCCGUCUUUUACACUGUGGUCACUCCUCUGCUGAACCCUGUUAUCUACAGCUUGAGGAACAGAGACUUUAAACAGGCAAUUAGGAAAGUCAUGCGAAGUAAGUGCUGCAUCUGUGGAAGAGGGCUGGGGUUUCCUCACCAGACAGGCAGGGUCCUAGGUUCACACAUUGGAGAUCGGGGCAUCUUCUUCAAGUAUCACUAA